AUUCAGGUGCCACAGUAAACGUCAUGAGUGAAUCUGCUCUUAACAUGCUGUCACCACAGCCACAGUUGGUACCAGCGGACACCAAAAUCUUUCCCUAUGGCUGUACCACUCCACUGUCACUGGUUGGCAUGUUCAGAUGUGAGGUGAAAGCAAAUGAUAAACAGACAUUGUGCAGAUUUUAUGUAAAAAGUGGCAAAGGCUGUUCCCUACUCGGUUAUGACACAGCGACACAGCUAGGUCUCAUUAACGUAGUCAACACUAUGUCCACACCUCAACCAAGCACAGUGGCGGAUAAACUGGUCAAAGACAACCCAGAACUCUUCCGAGGCAUAGGAAAACUCAAGGAUUUUCAAGUCAAACUUCACAUCGACACUACUGUUCAGCCCACGUGUCAGCCACACAGGCGAGUGCCAUUCCACAUCCGUCAAAGAGUGGAAAAAGAGCUAGAAAAGCUGGAAGAAGGUGACAUUAUUGAAACUGUGACAGGCCCAACGCCAUGGGUUUCACCAAUAGUGACUCCACCCAAACCCAAAAACCCAAAUGAAGUCAGAAUCUGCGUUGAUAUGCGACAAGCUAACACUGCAAUACAACGUGAACGUCACAUCACACCGACGAUGGAUGACGUCAUCCACGAACUCAAUGGAGCCACUGUCUUCUCCAAACUUGAUUUAAGAGCUGGAUAUCACCAGUUGGAGCUUCAUCCAGACAGCAGAUACAUAACAACUUUCAGCACUCACAAAGGCCUGCGCAGAUACAAACGGCUCAACUUUGGUAUUUCAUCAGCAGCGGAAGUAUUCCAAAAUGCCAUCUGCCAAGCACUACAAGGGAUCAGUGGGGUAAAGAACCUCAGCGACGACAUCAUCGUGCAUGGGAAAACACAAGCUGACCAUGACAACAGCCUCGCAGCAGUUUUUCAGAGACUCAAAGAAAAGGGCCUUACUCUCAACAGAGACAAAUGUGAGUUCAACAAGUCCAGACUGGAAUUUUUUGGAUUCAUCUUCCAAGCAGGAGGAAUCUCAGCUGACCCCAAAAAGACCACAAGGCGCUGGAGGUGAUCUGGAAUAAUCCUCGUUCCAAGCCACCAGCAAGGAUUGAACGUUGGGGUUUGAGACUACAACCCUACGACUUCGCAGUAGUCUACAGGAAAGGAGCUGAAAACCCAGCAGACUACAUGUCCAGGCAUCCAGCAUCAACACAGCAUGGGUUACACACCAGAGCAACAAAAGUUGCUGAAGACUACGUCAACUUCAUGGCACAACAAGCAACGCCCAAAGCAAUGACUCUGUCCGAAAUCCAAGAAGAAACCCUCAAAGACCCCCUUCUGAAAAAGGUCAGUGAGCAUGCAAGGCACAACACAUGGCACACUAUCAAAAAGGAUUCACAGGAUGCCACUGCCCUGCAAAAAUACAAGCAAAUCAGCGGCGAACUCACUGUUUCACCUACUGAUGACAUAAUACUUCGAGGCCUCAAGAUCGUCAUCCCCUCAGCCCUUGAAGACAAAGUGUUGCAGUUAGCCCAUGAAGGACAUCAGGGCAUUGUGAAAACAAAAACAUUAUUGAGGUCAAAAGUAUGGUUUCCAAACAUUGACCAAAAAGCAGAGUUUAUGGUUAAGAACUGUCUAGCAUGCCAAGCAAACACCCCGGUGACACAAGUCGAACCUUUAAAAAUGUCAGAGUUACCUGAGUCACCGUGGCAUUCAGUCAGUGCAGACUUCUACGGUCCACUCCCCACUGGAGAGUACUUGCUAGUUCUUGUGGAUGAGUACACCCGCUACCCAGUCGUUAAACCUGUGAGAUCCACCUCAGUAAAUACGGUGAUCCCAGUCAUGGAUGAAACGUUCUCAAUGUUUGGCAUUCCCAGAAUACUCAAAACAGACAACGGACCUCCUUUCAACAGUGAGCAGUUCUCGAAAUUCCUAACACACAUGGGAUGUCAUCACAGGAAGAUCACGCCUCUAUGGCCACAAGCAAAUGCAACGGCAGAGCGCUUCAUGCGGACACUUGGAAAAGCUGUACGUGUUUCAGAGAAUCAGAGCAUCCCCUGGAAGCAAACACUGAACACAUUUCUUCGUGAGUAUCGCUCUACACCACACAGCACCACUGAAGCAUCGCCUGCAGAGCUUAUGUUCCAACGCAAGAUCAAUACCAAGAUUCCUGCACAUUCCAGUACCACUCAAAACAAAACUGACCAAGUGAUCAGGGAGCGUGACAAGCAAGCAAAGACAAAAAUGAAGCAAAACGCAGAUACACGUCGCCGCGCAAAAUCCAGUUCUCUCAGUGUUGGUGACGCCGUGCUGCAUCGUCAGUCAAAACAAAACAAGCUGACAUCAUCCUACAACUGUGAUCCGCACACCAUAACCAGCAUCAAUGGCUCCAUGGUCACUGCCAGAAACAACAAGCAUUCCAUCACAAGGAACUCAUCAUUUUUCAAAAGGAUAAGUGCCAGUGCUCAGUGUCCCACACCUACUCCAGACACCGAUGAUGAGGACAGUACUCCAACAGUUCCACGGUACCCUGCGAGAUGCACCAGACGCCGCCCUGCGUAUCUGGAAGACUACGAAGACACUGGCUGAGCAAUAAGUUUUCUUUUUCAGAUGUUUGCCAAUGAGUUCACUUGACUGUUUACAUUUGGUUGUUUGGCUGCAACAAUAAUCACUUGCCAUCUAUUUGCAUUUUUGAAAUAUCAAGUGCUGUUUUCUUUUUCUUUCAGUCCAAAAGGAAUGCACUUAUGAGACAGAUUUAUUUCUUUUGUUGUUUGUGAGUUCUAAAUAGAGUGUGUUGUGAAUUUCAAGAAAUGCAACAAAAUGUUCAGGGAAUUUAAGAACCUUAGGUAAGAAAAUGUUUGGA